GCCGGAGGAGGUGCGCGCCCACAUCUAUCUUUGCAGAGAUCCUUCCAGGCUACCCCUUCCCCAGGCAGGCUGAGGAGGAGAGGAAGCAAUCCCCUCACCCAACUUCACCCUCUUCUGCUCUUUCCGGUGCUGGCUGGUUUCUCCCUUCAUGCUACACUGAGUAAUGAAGUAGUGUGGAAGGAAUUCUGGGAAAACCAGAAUGUCUGGGUCCUUUAUCCUUGCUCCGUUUGAUGCUGGUUAAGGAGCUUCCUCCCCAGAGCCUCGGUUUGCCCAUCUUUAAAAUGGACAGACCUGCGUGCCUUUGCAAAGGUGCCCAAAGCCCUGGUGAGAGAGAGAACGGAUGGGAAGCAGCUUUCAUUUGAAGAAGCGGCCGAAAUCUCUGCACAGAGGCGCGCAACCAUGUAGGAUGCAGCGGCGCAAGAUCUUUCACGUGCCCCACACCUUCUUGGAUGCUGGAGGAAAUUAUUACGCUAGGGGUUCCUCAGAGUGGGACUUGAGAUUAGUAUCUAGGGGCACAGUGAAAGGAAAACCUAUGACUGAGCUGCGAGCUUUGGGGCGUCACUCUUCCUACAAUUGACCCAGGCCAGUCAAGAAGCAUCAAGGCUAGUAGCUUGCGCUGAGCCCGCAUUCCUCCCGGACUCUGGACCGCUGGAAAGGAGGCGUUGCUGCUCCCAGGUAUUCUUUUUCCCUUAGGCAAAAGGCCAGCCUACGCUGUCCUGAACUGGAAAGGGAUGGCUGCAUUGAGUGUGCACUUCACAAUUCACAAGGAAUGGCAGGUUUGAACAAAUCUGCUUGAUAAGAAAGGCCUUAGCGUCGCCCAUUUAAUUCAUUCUGUGGGCAAUGACUUAUUGAGCACCUACUGCAUACCAGUUAGUUAGAACCUGGGCAGUCUCUCCCCCCCUUUUCUUCUCAAAGUCGCUUAAACGCAGAGGACAGAGGGAGGCACUCGGUAACCUAGGAGUCCUGGCUCCGCCCCUUCCGCCUUUGGCCUUGUCUGCUCCUCCCAUCACCACUCAGAGGCGGCUACUGGCCCGCAACGGAGACCGAAAGCACAGCCUCGGGCUUCAAGCCCUGUAGCUGCGAAGACAUCUGAUGGUACAUCGCUGGUUCGUCCUGCCUCAGUUUCGGGGGCCAUCGGAAAGCUUUCCGAUAAGGAUUCUCAGUGAGGCCGCACUCGAUUAAAUCGGUCUGUCUCUCCAGACCAAGGAGGCGGGCUCGCCGCAGCCGCUUCAAGGCCAAAGCUAGAAGAGCUUACUGCGCACGCGCAGUGGCCUGCGAUGGAGCCACCAAUGGAGCAGUCCGGAGGGGAGCAAGAACCGGGAGCUGUCAGGCUCCUGGAUCUGCCCUGGGAAGACGUGCUGCUCCCGCACGUCCUGACCUGGGUCCCGCUGCGCCAGCUGCUCCGGCUGCAGCGCGUCAGCCGCGCCUUCCGAGCGCUCGUGCAGCUGCACCUGGCGGGGCUGCGCCGCUUCGACGCCGCUCAGGUGGGGCCCCAGAUUCCUCGGGCCGCGUUAGCCCGGCUACUGCGGGAUGCCGAGGGGCUGCAGGAGCUGGCGCUGGCUCCGUGUCACGAAUGGCUGUCGGACGAGGACCUGGUGCCAGUACUGGCACGGAAUCCGCAGCUCCGGAGCGUGGCCCUGGCCGGCUGCGGCCAGCUGAGCCGCCGAACGCUGGGGGCGCUGGCUGAGGGUUGCCCGCGUCUGCAGCGCCUUUCGCUCGCUCACUGUGACUGGGUGGACGGGCUGGCACUACGUGGCCUCGCCGACCGCUGCCCGGCUCUGGAGGAGCUAGACCUCACUGCCUGUCGCCAGCUCAAGGACGAGGCCAUCGUGUACCUGGCGCAGAGACGCGGCGCGAGCCUCCGCAGCCUCUCGUUGGCUGUUAACGCCAAUGUGGGGGACACCGCGGUCCAAGAGUUGGCCCGAAACUGCCCGCAACUCGAGCACCUCGACCUCACAGGCUGCCUUCGCGUCGGAAGCAACGGUGUCAGGACCCUGGCUGAGUACUGCCCGGCGCUGCGCUCGCUGAGGGUGCGGCACUGCCACCACGUGGCCGAGCCCAGCCUGAGCCGCUUGUGGAACCGUGGUGUGGACAUCGACGUGGAACCCCCGCUGCACCAGGCCUUGGUGCUACUCCAGGACAUGGCAGGAUUCGCACCCUUUGUCAACCUGCAGGUCUAACGGACUUUCCUUGGGGUGGGAGCACAGCUGGACUGUGUAGCCGGGACCUGACACUGAGCUGUAGGGAAACUGAACUGUGGGGGCCUGGGGUUGAGAGGCCUGUGACAAACCCGGCCCCACCCUGGAAUUUCAAAUAAAGAGCU